CUGUUAUUUAUGAGACACCCAGAAGAAAAACUUUUAAUCAUGCACAUAAAACGUUUUAUAAACAGCUUUAUUUCGGUCUGAAAUGUCAUUGUUGAUUUUCUCCAAAUCAAAGAAGUUAUGGUUUAAGGGCAGAGACAGAGACAAGUGACAUGACGUUAUUGGAAAACAACUCGACUCAACUACAGAAGAACAAUGUUUUUAAAACAGAAAUGGAAUAACGUUAUGCAUCGUAUUCUUUGAGCCCGCUCCACUUGGAAGCAUGAAAUAUGACAGGCUUCUGAGAAGUUGAAAAUGAUUGGUUGAAACAUGGCAUUUAUACAGAACAAGGCGAUAUUUUUUGGUUUCCUGGCCUCCAUGUUAGCCAUGGCGAUGGACUGGUUCCUGGAGGGAAAGCUUUCAGUUUACCACGCUUUGUUGGUGUGUACAGCAUGCAUGUGUAUCGCGGCACUGGCUAGUUUUGUACUCGGACGAUCAAAGAAGGUGCCAAAAAUAAAUUUUGACAGCCCGGAAUCCAGAAACUGGCUCAAGCAAUGGAAGGCGGUCUUUAUCACGAGGAGAGCUCUUUUACCAUUUGUCAAGUUAGAAGCUAAACGUGUGCACAGUGUCAUUCUCCAGAAAGCAUCGAAUAUACAGACGUGUUUAUUCGACCAUGGUCCUGUUCAUAACAACUCGUCAAUGCAGUGUAAUUUUCAUAAAACACUUCGAGAUGAAAUAUUGGCCCAACAUGAAAAAAAGAAACCUUCCUGGAAAAACUCUUCUACGGACACAUGGCAAGACUCUCCGUUUGCUGUCGCCAAGUUAUUCAUGCAGUCACCAGGGUAUGAUGACAAAUCUUCGUUUGAUGAAAUUGACUUCAACGGACUGGCAGUCUAUAUGUUUAACUGCAAGGAAUUCACUCAACAACCCUCGCAAACCUUGAAAACACUAUCUGAUAAGGCUCGGGAGAACGUAAACAAAAUCCGGCAUAUGCCAGACGUUUGUUCAAGUGCCCUGACAGACCAAGCCACCACUGAGUUUAUAGACAGCAUGAUUGCGGUGCUAAACGACCCGUAUAUCCAGGGAAAACCAGAGAUGAUAAAAGCAAGGAAACGGCUUGAUGAGUUAAAGCUCCAAACUCAAGAUCCCAACUUGGACUUGCUGAAAUAUAUCAUCGAGGAUUCUGCAAUCAGAAGCGUUCAAACAAUUACGGAAUUGGCUUCCGCUCAAGAAGGUGAAUGGAGCGAACAAGCAAAUAAGAUAAAAGAUGACAUUGAGAAACUCGGCGGUAUUGUAAUUUCCAAUUUAGGAAAAGAAGGAGAAAGCGCCAUUAACGAUAUAAAGAACACUUUAGGAAAUGCUCUUGCAAACGUGGAUGAUUGCAUAGACAAAGCAAAGAAAAUUAUUAUUGAGGCAGCUUCAGAAGAAAAACAGAAAUUCAAGAAAACAUGUGAGAGCGAAACAAAAAAAAUAAUCAAAACAUUAGCAGAUGAGCAAAAUAAACUCAAGACUGAAGAGAAGGAACAAAGGGACUCCGCAAAAGCAAAGUCAGAUUUACAGAAACAGUUGAUCAACCAUUACCAAGCUACUUCCGUCAGAAUAAACCUCCGAUUGGACAUCGAUGCAGCUGUCGAAGACAUUUAUGAACAACCGAAGCUUAUAUUGAAAGAUAAAGAUGGUAAUAUAACAGAUGACAAGAUAUCAGAAAUAAAUCAGAUGUUUCUGAGCGACAAUGGAACGAUGGUAAAAACAAUAUUCGUGGAGGGCGAACCUGGCUCUGGUAAAACCUCACUAUGUAAAAGGAUUGUUCAUGGUUGGUGCAAACUUAAACAAGACGGAAAUGAGGAGAAAAAAGAAGAGUACCCACUUAGCCAGUUUGAGUUCUUAUUUUACGUAAGGCUUCGAGACGUUGAAGAUCAGUGCAAAAUCAAAGAAAUUAUAUUUCGGUGUCUGAUUGAACAGAUUCACUCAGUUGAUGAAGAAUCAAAAGAAUUGUUAUCAGAUAUUUUGAGAUUCGAACAUUGUCUUAUAUUGCUUGAUGGUUUAGACGAGUUCGAACAUUGUAGCAGAUGUAAGCGUGUUGAUCGAAUUCCUCAUAUUGAAUCAAGUUGGAUCAACUGUACAACAGUCAUAACAACACGACCGUACAAACUAGCUGAGUUGAAAUUAACCCGUUCGCAGAUUGGCAAACACGUGGAGCUGCAGGGUGUUCAGUCACCAGAGGAACUUGUUCUGAAAAUAACAAAGGAGUUGGAGAAAUAUCAAGUAGAAAAACGUCCAGAUAACUGUGUUCAAGAACUGAAAAACAAAGGUCUGUGGCGUUUCAGAGGUAAUAUUAUGGUGCUAGUUCACAUUGUGUGGCUCUGGUUUAGAAACAGACUAAUGGAAGAAAUGCCUCUGUUUGUCGUUUUGGGGGAAAUAAUACAAGAACGUUGGUAUGAAAUGUGCGAGAAGAAAAACAUAGAUGCCAACGAACUUCCCGACGAGUUUCUAUCUUCGGUGAGUGAAUUGGCUUUCAGCACGUUCUUUUCCUAUAGUGAGGACGAUUCCAAUGUUUUCGGAAUUAAUUGGGGCCAGUUAAAGAAAUUGAAUAAGUACAAACAGGCGUUUCUUGAAACUGGCAUCAUAUCUUGCAGCCAGAGAACAGGGAGUAGACUAGUCUCUUAUCAAUUCUUGUUCAAAACGCUUCAAGAAUACUUGGCAGCAUUGUAUUUAGCGAAAUACACAUCAGAUUUAUCCAAUGACCUACAACACAUUCAGAAAGUGUACAUAGAUAGCAGGAGAGAAAGUGUGCUUAGCUUAGGUCAGAUGUUUCUUUUCUUAUGCGGCCUGAGUAUAACUUCUGCUAACGAGUUUUCAAAUACAUUGAAUGAUCUAUUUACUGCAUCCUGUGAAAGAGAUGGUUAUUCUCCUCGUCACGUAGGAGCAUUUCAAAAUAUGAUACAUCACGGCUACGUGGAGGCAGAGAAAAGCGGAGAAACCGGAAUGACCUUAUGUCUGCAGCAUAUCGUCCUCGAUGAAGUUCCAGUUAUAAAACAUUCACUGUUGAAACAAUGCUUGGAUGAAAGAAAAUCCACUAUUGUAUCAUUAAGUAUACGAAAGAAAAGCGAUUUAUGUUCUUACCUUCAAUACAAGGACGAUCCAACCGUAUUAGAUUUAGGGGCUUGCAAGAAUCUAAAAUUUGUUGCAUUUGAAAAUAUUUCAUAUAACGAUAUCUUUAAACCGAAUUGGAAUGGAUUAUUAGAAUGCAAAAUAGAAUUCAGUGAAUACAAACCAGCAAAUAAACUUGUAUCUUCAUUUCUGUCCUCAGAUUUAACAUGCUUAAAAACACUCAAAUUGGACAAGAUUGGUUGGGAAUGCAAAGCUGAGGAAAUUGUCUCAAAAAUUAAAAAUAUAAAAGAACUAGACCUCCAAUGGAACGAAGAGAGUCCAUUAAAUGAUUCACAAUUCGACCUAGGACAUCUCGAACACCUACACCAACUCUCCUUAUGGAACUUUGCUUUCUCUGACGUUAUCAAUCUACGGUCCCCCAAUUUCAACAAGUUAACUGUCAAAUUCAGAUCCCCACAAAGAGCACCACAUUUGAUGGCGGCAUUGCUAGCACCAAGCGACGGUACAAAUUUGGAUAGGCCACUUUCUUUCUUAACUGAUGUUCACUUGCGAAACAUACUUAUGUCAGCAGGUAAGUUUAGACGUCUCGUUUGGAUGGUGAUACAGUCUGGACAUUAUGUGGAUUGUGUGGUAGACCUGUGUACAAUAGAGCCUGAAGAGGACUUGAGACAACUAGAGGUGGAAAAAGAGCCCAAUCGGCAGAUGGUGGCUCCACAGCCCGCCUCAACUGACGGCACACCACAAAUUACAUUAAAUAUGAUGUCCAUGUCAGCAGGAGAAUUCAGACAUCUCGUUUGGAUGGUGAUACAUGCGAAACAUUCUGUGAAUUUGGUGAUAGACGAGUGUACAAUAGAGCCUGAAAUGGAAGUGAUACAUCUGGAGGUGGAUAAUGAGAACCAGUCCGCUCUUAAGAUGAUGGCUCUUCAGGCCGCCCAAACUGAAUACAACACACACAUAACAUUAUAUAAAAUUACCAUCUCAGCAGUAGAAUUUCGACAUCUCGUUCGGAUGGUGAUACAGCCGGGACAUUCUGUGAACUGUGAGUUAGACCACUGUACAAUAAAGCUUGGAGAGGAAGUGAAACAUCUGGAAGUGGAGAAUGAGAACCAACCUGCUCUCCAGAUGGUGGCCUUUCAGAACGCAUCAACUGACUAUACAACACACAUUACUUUAAAUCAAAUAAGCAUGGCAGCAGUAGAGUUCAGACAUGUCGUUUGGAUGGUGAAACAUGCGGGACAUUCUGUGGAAUGUGUGUUAGACAAUUGUACAAUAGAGACUGAAGUGGACGUGAGACAACAAAGGGUGGAAAAUGAGCCCGCUCGGCAGAUGGUGGCUCCACAGCCCUCCUCAACUAACUAUUUAACAUACAUUAAAAUAAAUGAGGGGACCAUGUCAGCAGAAACGUUCAGAAAUCUUAUAAUGGUGAUACAGUCGGGAUAUUCUGUGAACUGUAUGUUUAGCAAAUGCACAAUACGUCCUUGGGAGAAUGUGAGGCGUCUUCAGUUGCAGAUGGAGAACCCGCCCGCUUUCCAGAUGGCGACUCCACAACCCGUUUCACCUGGCUAUACAAAACGCAUUAUUGCGUUACAUUCCGUAACCAUGUCAGCAAGGGUGUUUAGACAUCUCGUUAGUAUGGUAAUACACUGGAAACAGUCUGUGGACUUAAAUUUAAGUUACUGUACAAUAGAGCCUGAGGGGAAUGUGAGUCAGCAUCAGGCGGCGCUUGAAAAGCUUGAGAAUCUUCUCGCUGUCAAGAUGGGGGCUGCACAGCCCGUCUCAACUGACUAUACAACACGCAUUAUAUUUGAAAGCAUAUCUAUAUCACCAGGGGUAUUUGGGCGACUCGUAACUUUGAUGAUGAAUUCAGGACAUUCUGUGAAAUGUAAUAUAAACGAUUGUAUGAUAACAAAGCACUCGGAGAAUGAGAUGCAGCUUCAGGGGCAGAUGGAGAAUCAACCCGAACUGCAUAUGGUAGAUCAACAGCCUGACGUUACUGACUAUGCAAAACACAUUGCAUUAAAUGAAGUGCGUAUGCAAUCAGAAACGUUCCGUUAUUUCUUAAGUUUAGUGAUAAAAUCGCAUUAUUUGAUAGAAUGUGAGUCAAUUCUUGACCAAUCCCUUCAGUUUAAACAGCUGAUGGUUGACAUUCGGAACCGACCUGCUGUUGAGAUGGUGGCUCCACAGCCAGCCAUAACUGAUUAUACAACACACAUUACAAUGAAUAAGGGGACCAUUGGAGCGGAAUUGUUCAGAUUGCUCGUUACUAUGGUGAUACAGACGCAAUGUGAUGUGGACUGUAAGUUAGACAGCUUUACAAUAGAGAGUGGUUUAAACCCAAGAAUGCUGCAAAAGCAGCCCGAUCAUCAGACGGUGGCUCAACAAUCUUUAUCACCCAACUUUACAAAACACAUACAAUUAACGCUCGUGACAAUGUCAAAUGGAGUGUUUCGACGCCUCGUUGGCUUGGUAAAACAGUCGGGAUAUUCUGUGAACUGUAGGUUUAACCGAUGUAUAAUAGAGCGUGAUGAAGAGGAAGAGGAAGUUAUGAAGCUGUUGAAGAAGAUGGAGAGCCAGCCCGCUCUCGAGAUGGUCGCUCAUCAUCCCGCCUCAACUUACCUUACAACAGACAUUUCACUAGAUGGCAUGUCUAUAUCAUUAGGAGAACUCAGAAGGCUCGUUAAUUUGUUGAUUCAGUCGGGACAAUCCGUGGACUUGAAAUUAGAGAGCUGUUCAAUUUAUUCUGAGGCGAAGCAGCAGCUGGAGGAGAUUGAGAACCAGCCUGUUUUCCAAAGUGUUGUACAACCCGCCUUAUUUGACCAUACAACACACAUAACAUUUAAGUUCGUGACCAUGUCAGCAAGAGUGUUCAGCCCUCUCGUCAGUAUGGUGAUCCAGUCGCAACAUUCUGUGGACUUUAAGUUAGAGUAUUGUACAAUAGGGCCUGAGUCGGACACGAAAGAGCUGGAAGUGCAGAUUGAGAAUCAGUCCGCUUUCAAGAUGAUGAAUCCACUGCCCGCAUCACCUGGCCAUACUGCAAAAAUUACAUUAAAGCUCGUGACCAUUUCGACAAAAGUUUUCACACGUCUUGUGAGGAUGGUUAUUAAGUCAGGACAUUCUGUGAACUGUAAGCUAGACUUUUGUACCAUUGGGCCUGAUCAGGCCCUCGAACUGCUGCAGGUGGAGAGUGAGAACCAGACCGUUAUCCAGAUGCUAGCUCCACAGUCCGCCUCAACUGACUAUACAACACACAUUGCAUUAGAUAGCAUGUCAUUGUCAGCAGAAGCAUUCGUACUUCUCUUUACUAUGGUGAUUCAUUCGGGACAUGUUGUGAACUGUGAACUACGGAGCUGUGUUAUUCUUCCCGAGAAGGAAGUGAGUCCGCUGCAGGAGGAGAUGGACACCCAACCCGCUCCACAUCCCGCAUCCACAUUAUUUACAACACACAUAACAAUACAUGAGGGGACAUUGUCAGCAAGAACUUUCACACGUCUCGUUACUAUAUUGAAACAGUCGCAACAUUCUGUAGACUGUGAGUUACAGAAAUGUACAAUCGAGCCUCUGGAGGAUGUGAAGCAGCUAGGGAAAAAGAUGGCAAAGCAGUCCAAUCCCAAAGUUACGGAGUUCUCUAAGCCUACGAAUGAUCACAGAUGGUGCAUUAAGUUCAACAUACAGGUUUAAAGGAACCGACACGUGGGAUAUGGCCGAGGUGACACCUUAUCAGAAAAUAUAAACUACCUUAAGAACUUCGCAUGGAAGAUUUAUGAAGAAAUUAAUUUUGAACAAUGGUCUUCUUCACAAAUGGGGGGUUAUAACAACAAGUAUAAGAACUGGUGUUGCAUUUACAUCCAAGGAACUUUGCUCGUGCAUUUACAUCCAAGGAACUUUGCUCGACAAAAGUUCAUUGUCGACGGUUUGGCCGCAUGUGAUAAGAUAAAUUGGCUGACACGUGAUUUGUGAGUUCCUUAUAGGUAUGUACAAGUUCAUCAUCAGAAGGACGUUGCUGCUAUCAAAUAGACGGACUUAAGAGUGUCCAGUUGCUGACUUAUGACAAAAAUGUUCAUGGAAUUGUUUACAAUUUUAGCUUUUCACGGUGAUCAUGCUGAUUCUAAAGUUGACUGUUUCUAUAGAAAAAGUUUCAUGUUGUCUGUAUAUAAUGGGCACAUUUUAGUGAUUUCAGAGUACAAUAUUACUGUAAAUGAAGUUUGAUAUUUUUGUAUAAACCUGACAGUGUAUAGUGAUUUCAGAAUACAUUAAUACUGUAAAUGAAGUUUGAUAUGUUUGUAUAAACCUGGCAGGUAAUAGUGAUUUCAAAAUACAUUAAUACUGUAAAUGAAGUUUGAUAUGUGUGUAUAAACCUGGCAGGUUAUAGUGAUUUCAGAAUGCAUUAAUAAUGUAAAUAUAUUUUCAUUUAUUUGUAUAUACCUUGCGGUUAGAGCGAUUUAAGAGUACAGUUUAACUGUAAAGAAAUUUGUUUACAUGCAUUUGCAUGUUGUGAUGGUAAAAGUGAUUAUAGAGGCGGACAUUGAACAAAAAUUGUAAUGUAUUAAAAACGGUGGUAACAAUUAAUCAUGAUAAAAAAUCAUCAACAAUUCAAAUUUAAGUUUUUUGUUAAUAUUUACUUAAUGUGCUCAUUUGAUUAAUUUCGGCAUGAAUUUACACAAUUCUACAAAGCAAGUAAUAUAACAGCAUUUCAACAAAGAUUAACAAUCUUUUGUUAGCAUCAAAUCUGUGAGUGAAUCCCUUUAAAGUUAUUAUUUCUGUUCAAAUAACUGUAUUUAUGUGUAAGUUUUUCUAAACUGAUCGUUAUAGUUGUUUCAGAAUACAUUCAACUACUGUAAAUAGAGUUUAAUUUGUUUAAUAUGUUAUAUAUGUGCAUUAUAGCGAUUUGUCUGGUAGUUUAGCGUUUGAUUUCUGUACCAUUUAGUUACUGCUAUAAUACUUUUAUUAUACCCCCAACAAACGAAAUUUGAAGGGGGUAUAUUGGAGUCACCCUGUCGUCCGGCGGUCGGUCCGUCGGUUUGUCGGUCGGUCCGUUGCAAUUUACCUUGUCCGGAGCAUAACUUAAAAACAACUGGAUGGAAUUGAAUUAAACUUCAUACAAUGGUAGAGCAUAAUGAGUGGAAGUGCAGUGUACAAUAACCAUAACUCUAUUCUUGCCUAUUACUGAGUUAUUGCCCUUUGUUACUUUUUUUAUCCGGAGUAUAACUUGAAAAGUACUGGAUGGAAUUGAUUGGAACUUCAUACAAUGGUAAAGCACAAUGAGAGGAAGUGCAGUGUUCAAGAACCAUAACUCUACUUUAGCUAAUUACUGAGUGAUUGCCCUUUAUUGUUGUUUUUUGCUGUCUUUUUUUCCAGACAUUAACUUGCAAACUACUAGAUGGAAUUUAUUAAAACUUAAUACAAUGGUAAAGCACAAUGAGAGGAAGUGCAGUGCACAAGAACCAUAACUAUAUUUCAGCUAAUUACAGAGUAACUGCACUUUGUUACUUUUUUCUUGUCCGAAGCAUAACUUGAAAACUACUGGAUGGAAUUUAAUAAAACUUCAUACAGUGAUAGAUCAUAAUGAGAGGGAGUGCAGUGUAUAGGAACCGCAAUUCUAUUUCAGCUAAUUACAGAGUUACUGGCCUUUGUUACUUUUUCUUGUCCGGAGCAUAACUUGAAAACUAUUGGAUGGAAUUUCAUAAAACUUCAUACAGUGAUAGAUCAUAAUAAGAGGAAGUGCAGUGUACAAGAACUGCAAUUCUAUUUCAGCCAAUAACAGACUUACUGGCCUUUGAUACUUUUUCUUGUCCGCAGCAUAACUUGAAAACUACCAGAUGGAAUGUUAUAAAACGUUAUACAAUGGUACAGCACAAUGAGAAGGAGUUCAGUGUACAUGAAUCAUUACAUUAUUUUAGCAAAUUACAGAGUUAUUGCCUUUUUCUGUGUGUUUUUUUUUUUGUCAAACUUUUGUCCGCACAGUAACUUGAAAACUACUAGAUGGAAUUUCAUAAAACUUCAUACAAUGAUAAAUCAUAAUGAGAGGCGGCGUUCGGUGGUAUUAAUCACCUUCAGUGAUAGCUCUAGUUUUUCUUCAAUUAUGCCGAUUCUGGGGUUCAUCGUCAUUGCAAAAGAGAUUAUUUGGUGUUGAGAUUUGUACAUUUUUAAGAGGGAAUAACGUUAAAAGUUAUUAAUGUCUUCCAUUCAUUUUGGCGAAUAAUUUAAUAAACCUUACAAACGGCUAGCAUAAUCGCGCAGUAAUCCAUUUACCGUUUCAUGUUGUGUUAUUUUCAUGCAUUGACUGUACACGGGUUGUCUGUAGCCUUAUCUGUAUACACGUUCUAUAAUUAUAGAUAUCGAGUAACGCCUGGUUUAACAAAACUGUUAAAUUACAUGGAUUUGAUAAUGCAUGAUAAAAAAUAUUUAACCUGUUAAUAAGGCACAGACAAUAUUUCGGCUAUAAUGGACGCGAAUUCAAUAUUUUGAAACAGAAACUAGUGUAUAUAAAGUUACAUGCAUCCUGUUACACAACUUACAUUUUUCACUGAUAACUUCCUUUAUUUAACACUAUUUACUUACUUUAAUCUACAGGAAUUACCUACUCAAAUUUACACUAAUGACUUACAACAUUUUACCCUAAUGAAUAACUACAUUUGCAUUAAUGUCUUGUGUUUAAAGUGUUGGAGUUUGCUUUGCUUUGUAGAUACACACAUUUUGAUGCAUUUUAACAUUUAUUUUGUUGUAUAUCAUUUCAUUACUUCUCGUCACGAAAAUGUAAAAUAUAGGGAAAUCAUGAUUAAGUUCAAUGAGCCUAACGAAUUAUCAAAUUUUAAAUCUUAUUGUAUCACAACAUUCUCAUAGGCACUUUUAUUUGUAUAUAUUUUAUAGUUUGUAUAGUUUUCCCUUUUCUGAUGGUAGUUUACAAUUUGUGUUAAUGCAAUUUGUACAUGUCUAUAUCCUGUACUAGUUUGCACAUGUUGUAUUCUGAUUUUCAUGUUCAAAGGUGUUUGACAUGCAGUAGACCCGAGGUGUUAUUUAUAUUAAAAGAAUGUAUUGCAGGAGUGAUGUCAUUAUCGGGGAAUGUAUGCAGUUGGGCUGGUUAUAUGUACACGUGGACUCAACACACUUUAACCAGCCCAACAGCGUUCAUAUCCCCAAUAAUGACAUUAAUGGCGCAAUUUAUUACACCUUUAGUUAAAUAUUUCAUUCAAUAAUUGUUAAAAAACACUUCAUUUUAUUUAAGAACACCAAACAGUAAGUCUUUCUCACCCAUUCUGUAUAUAGAAUGACCAAACCGUAACCUAAAAAAGUUGAUCUUUUUUUAAAUACGUCACAAUAACGCAGAAAAAUAUACUCACUUCAAAUCACUUUUAAACGUAAAAUUGAAACGCUAAUGACAGCAAUACAAUUAACAUAUCAUAAAUUUACACUUUCUAAAUUGUUGAUUUAAGUUGUUCGUCGCCUGUUGGCACAAUAUAAACAAUAACAUGAUAAACUCUUUUCAGUUUACAUGCAUUUAAAUGGGAUUAUUCGCGGUCCGAAUAUAUCCGAAAAUGUUGCGUUAAUCAAAAAAUAUUCGCACUGGGCAAAGGCAUAAUACAUAUAUGAAUUAGUCAAACAUAUGUAAUUAGAAUGGGUAAAGAUUGACUUCGUGCAUGUGACUUUCUGAUAAAUUGUUUGAAUAUUACAUACAUAGGACAAAAUUUAAACCUGCUUUUUUCUAUAUUACGGUAAAAAAAUAAAAAUAAAAGAAUGAUUGCAAAAUCAUAUUACUUUAAUUGUAUAUUUUUUUAGGAAAAAAAAAGUUUUCUUCAUGUAGAAACUUGAAUUGUUAUGGUUCAAGUUGUAAAAGUUGAGGAGCAUUUUUGUUUAUACAUUUAUAUGGAAUAAAAUUGAUUAACAUCUAUAUAACAUGUAGUUAGUGUUAACAUACAGUUUAGACCGCAUGGUUUGUAUCAAUGGUUACCUAGAAGGCUUGUCCCUGUAGUUUCCAUUGUAUUAUUGUUAGUGUUGCAUUAUGCGCACACUUUGUCUUUAUCCCUACAAUUGUUGAACAUGCAUUGAACUUAAUUAUGUAAAUGUCAUGUAUUAAUGUUUUUAUUUACUGUUCAACACGGUUUGGACAGAGCAGUUUAAAUCAGUCAGUCAUCGUCUGUCUAUGCAAAAACAUUAAAAAAAUAAUAAAUAGUGGUAAACGAUCAUUUGAUACAGUUAUCUUAAAUUAUUAAGAGUUAUACUAUGAUUUAUAUAAUGAAGGCUUAAUAAUCGAAGGUACGAACGCACUGAACAGUUAAGUGUCGCUUAAUAUCUUUCAUUAAUAUGCACAAGAAGAGAGCAAUACUUUUCUUGGAGUUAAAUAUUAUCGCCGUAGUAAAUGUGUUAUGUACUUUGAAUUUGUUAAACUGACAAAUGUUGUAAAUGUAUACGAUUUGAUUACAAUCAAAACUAGGAGUUAUAUAUGUUAAAAGGUAUUUUAACAUAUCAUUAUUAUGUUGUUUUAUUGAUUAAGUAUGUAUAUUGUAUUAUCCUCUAAAUAGUAUACUUACGAUAAUACUUGUUUGUAAUAGUCGUGGAAGAGAAAACAAUAUUGUAUAUUGUGAAAUAUGUAUGGAUGUGAAGGAAUGCAGAGAAAUAGUAAUACAAGUUGUCAAUACUGAAGACUGUUGAAAAGUAUAAGUGUGAUUAAAGGCGGUAUGAUAUCGAUAGCAGAUAAAUGUUUAAGAUCAAUUAAGGCAGUUUGUUACAUAUGCCUUAGUAUGGCAUUAAGUGACACUUAUUUUAAUGAUUGUUAACUAUGAAUGUUUGUGAUGGCAGAGACUUCUAUCUUAAAGUUUGUUAACUAUAAGUUAGUUUGAUGGCAAAGAAAUUGUUCAUUAUAAGUAAAUGUUAUGGCAUGGAGGUUUAUCUUAAAGUUUGUUAACUAUGAAUGAGUGUGAUGGCAGGGAGACUUAUCUCGAAGUUUGUUAACUAUGAAUGAGUGUGAUGGCAGGGAGACUUAUCCCAAAGUUUGUUAACUAUGAAUGAGUGUGAUGGCAGAGAGACUUAUCUCAAAGUUUGUUAACUAUGAAUGAGUGUGAUGGCAGUGUGAUUUAUCUCAAAGUUUGUUAACUAUGAAUGAGUAUGAUGGCAUGCAGACUUAUCUCAAAGUUUGUUAACUAUGAAUGAGUGUGAUGGUAGGGGGAUUCAUCUUAAAGUUUGUUAGCUAUGAAUGAAUGUAAUGGCAGGGAGAUUUAUAUUCAAGAGUGUUUAUUAACUGUGAAUUAGUUUGAUGGCAAAUGCAUUAAUCUUAAAUUUUGUUUUCUAUGAAUUAGUGUGAUUGCAGAGUCAUUUCUCUUAAAGUGUGUUGAAUAUGAAUGGGUGUGAUGGCAAAUAUAUAAUUUCUGAAAAGCUUGUUAAUUAUGAAUAAGUGUAAUGGCAAGGAUAUUAAUCUUAAAAUCUGCUAACUAUAAACUAGUGUGAUGAAAGGAAAAUUAAUCGGGUGGGCGAUUUAGAUCCAUCGUCGCUGACUUGUUUUUAAACUGGCGCUUUAAAAAGCGGUUAUUGUCUUUUCAACGCGUCUAUGCAUUUCAAUGAGAUUGUUUCUAAGUUUGUAUAAGAAGGUUGAAAUGAAGUUAAAAAAAAAAUGUCCAAUUAUAAUGUUGUCGAGAAUAAGCUUUAUUUAAUAACCGACAACCUCGUGUCAAUCAUUCAUUGUACAAUGGUAUUUGUAUGUAAGCUAAUUUGAUCGCAUCCUUAGAGCUAAACAUGUAAAACUAUCGUUUGCAAAGUAGUGUUGUUCUUAUACCAGCCUGGUAAUGUAAUGUUUUCCUACAAUCUUAAUACCUAACGCUAGAAGUUCAACACAAUCCACCUUCUUAUACGUACCAGAUCCGCCAUAGCAUUGUAAUUGUUGUAUUCUGUUAAUGAUACAAUAUUAUUGAAUGUAUCAGAUACAUUUUUUCAUUACCAAAUGAAGUAAGAAUGAAAUUAAAAGAAUGAAUGUUUUCAAUUGCUUGUUUAAUAUUUUGGUAUUGACUUUCGUCAUAAUUACUGUUUAUCAUGUAUAUUUUAUUAAAUGUACAUGUAUACAUGAUUUUACCAAAUUAUGUUAGA